AUGAUUGUCUGUCAGAAUGCCAUCAUCUCCGUCUGUCUGAUUGUGUUGUUCGGCUCGGCAAGCCCGGCCAGCGAGAAAGAGUAUUCGGAGGACGACGGAGCAUGCGGACUGCACGCCACCAACUUCGAGCUCGCUCAGACCAGAUCUCAUCAGGAGCCAGCCGAUUACGUAGUGAGCUUUUUCUCGAAUUUUCUCCGCAAAAUACUAUGUUUUCAGACUCUGGACCAUAGGCUCAUCGGUGGUACGGAAUCAAAUGCUCACGCAUGGCCGUGGACAGUUCAGCUCCUUUCACGACUCGGCCAACAUCGAUGCGGUGGUUCGUUGAUCAACGCCAACUUUGUGCUCACCGCGGCUCAUUGCUUCGCCAGAGAGUUAGUUUAAAAACCGAGAAUACGAGAAAAAGAAACCAAUUGAUCUAUAACUUUGAACUAUCAUCAGUCUUGGUUUGAAGUAUCCACCUUGAAAGUUCCAGGGUGAUAGGAUUGUUCGACUUGGAGGUGUAUUGAUUUGAAGCUGAAAUAUCCUGGUUUUAAAGGAAAAUUUGUGAUUUUCGGUUUCAAAUCAAUAUAACUCCAAAUCAGAUGAUCCAAUCGGGCUAAAACUUUCAAAGUGAAUACUGCAAACCAAGAAUUAUAAACUUUCAAAGUUAGGAUCCGAUCGGUCAAUGAUGAAUAACUCAAAAGUCAAGGCCUCGAAAAACCUAGCCCUAAAAAGAAACAGUUGAGUGAAACAAGGCAGACUAACAUUCUAAGUACGAGGGACCGUCCACUGUACCUGCUCUGUUACGCUCUUUCUCUCUCCCUCUCCCUCUACUAGAGGAUUCUCAAAAAUCGAUUCUUCCAGCCGUCGGCCGAUAUCCUACUCGGUGCGCGUGGGAGGACACCGAUCGGGCUCGGGGAGUCCGCACCGAGUGACCGCCAUUUCGAUCCAUCCGUUCUACAACAUCGGAUUUCCGAGCUCUUACGACUUUGCUGUGAUGAGGUGAGCGGAGACAAACUUCUCACUGGAACGCUUAUUAUUUCAGAAUUCACCCGCCGGUGAACACGUCGACGGUGGCCCGACCGAUCUGUUUGCCACAUCUUCCGCCGCUCGACAACCGCCUCUGCAUCGUGACCGGAUGGGGCUCGACGCUCGAAGGAAGUGCGGCCGCGGCGCCGGCGCUGCGUGAGAUCCACGUGCCCGUCAUCUCGACGCUCUUCUGCAGCAGCCUUCCGAGCUACGUCGGACGCAUUCACCUGCCCUCGAUGCUGUGCGCCGGCUACAGCUACGGAAAAAUCGACUCGUGCCAGGUACACUCACCGAGUAAAGUACCAGAAGACGUGUGGUGCCACCGGUUUUUCGAUCUAGUACAUUGUUUUUGCGAGUGAAAUUAGAAUAAAACUAGUUUAUCUUACCGUGUCACCCCGACGAGAAUACGUCAUCUAGAGCACGUUUGCAGGGCGACAGCGGCGGUCCACUGAUGUGCGCCCGAGACGGUCACUGGGAACUGACGGGCGUCGUCAGCUGGGGAAUCGGAUGCGCGCGACCCGGAAUGCCGGAGUCUACGCGAAUGUACACGCGGCCGCCACGUGGAUUCAGUUGGAAAUGGACAGACUUCGCAUUUAA